ACCUUAUUUUAAAUUGCUGUAUGCUUGGACAUUGCUUUACGCUCCAUAUUCAGACUGUUCCAUAACUUAACUCCACAUAUUGAAAUAGGCUUACAAAAUCUUCUGGUUGUGUGUGCAUACUAUGAGUGUUGAAAUUAAAUAAUCCCCUUAAAUUGAAUUAUAACCCCUCCGUCACUAAACAGUUUUUAUAUACAUAUAUUUCCCAGUAGCAGGUUAUUUCUUGCUGUAAACAUAAUUUGUGCAGUUUGAAAAUCACAGUCAUUUAAAUAUGAUAAGACUAGUUUACUAUUUUGUCCAUUUAUAAAAGCCAGUGGUUGUUAAAAAAGAAAAACAAACUACAUGUAGUCCUGGCUCAGCCCUUACCUCUUUAAACUACAUAGACCACAAUGCAAAGCAGACCUUGACGUCACACCUCUCGGCAUCGGUCUGCUGCCAGUCUGCCACACACAGACAGCUGAGGAUUUCCAGACGGGGGAUCCCGGCUCCGCACGGCCUUAUAUUGUCGAAACGUUGGAGUGCACAGACUAAAUGGCGAAGACGUACGAUUACCUGUUCAAACUGCUGCUGAUCGGAGACAGUGGAGUCGGUAAGACAUGUCUGCUGUUCAGAUUCAGCGAGGACUCCUUCAACACCACCUUCAUAUCCACAAUAGGAAUCGACUUCAAAAUCAGAACAAUCGAGCUGGAUGGAAAGAGAGUGAAACUUCAAAUUUGGGACACUGCAGGGCAAGAGAGGUUUCGCACCAUCACUACAGCUUACUACAGAGGAGCGAUGGGCAUUAUGCUGGUGUAUGACAUCUGCAAUGAGAAGUCCUUUGAAAACAUAAAAAACUGGAUUAGAAAUAUCGAAGAGCAUGCCUCAUCUGAUGUGGAGAAAAUGAUCCUGGGCAACAAAUGUGACAUGACUGACAGGAGACAGGUGUCCAAAGACAGAGGCGAAAAACUGGCUAUUGAUUAUGGAGUUAAGUUCAUGGAAACCAGUGCAAAGUCUAGCCUAAAUGUAGAAGAGGCUUUUUACAGCAUGGGGAGGGACAUACUACAUAACCUCAGCUCUAAGACGACUGACAACAAUGCUGGAGGAACAGGCAAACCAGUCAAGAUCACAGAGAAAAAGUCGAAGAGGAUAAAAUUCUUCAAGUGCUCGCUCCUCUAGGCUGCUCAGCUCUUGUGUUCACGGCCCCCCGCGUGACUUUGCUGUUUUUGGAGGGUUCCUGCCUCCCCAGGCGUCCUCGCAGCAGCGGCAGCAGUGGUAAUGGACCUUACUGGGUUGAGGUGCCACCCUGAUUUGCCGCUGACUCGAAGAGGAUCGACGAGGAAUGAGGCCUGAUACUGUACAUCUGCUCAUGCAAAAAGACUCACGCGUGAUCGUCAGCAUUGGUUUGUAGCCUGACCCGCAGUGUCUGCUAUCAGGAGGCAGUGAUUCUGUUGGCAUUUAUAAUACCUCUAUUGGAUCUCAUGAAAAUAGACUUUAUUAAACAUAAUAAAGUUCCACAUAGUUGUCUUAUAAAUGGGGAAAAAAAGAAAACAUUCUUUCAAAACUGUAGCAUUGUUUUAUACACACUACCUAUUGUCAUAUUUACUAUGAUGACGCUGUCAUAGACCUAUCAAGUCCCAGCAUUGAUUGUAUUUGUCUGUGUACAUUCAUGUAUAUUAAUAUGCCUAUAGUCUCCUGUUGCACUGGCAUCAUUUCUAUUUGUUCAUGUGUGCCUCGAAGGAGUCACAGUGUUGUGAUAGAAAAGACAAAAAUAUGUAUAAAUAUAACCUACUGUAUUUUUAUUCUUUUAACGAAACCUUUAUUUAUACAGGUUUCAGUGUCAAAAUGAAACUGUGAAAGGUUUGAUUGUUUCUUAAAGAGCUGCACCUAACUACAUAUUGUUACGCGAUUGUCAGUAUUUGCAUGAAAGCUAUAGGGAUACCUCUGAGUGGAUCAUUAUUAAGCACAUUUUACAGUAUUUGAAAAGAAAAUGUUUACAGACAGUAUUUGAAAGUGUCGGUUGUAUCUAGGGAGUUCAUGUUUUUGAUGUUCGCAUAGUGUUGUCAUGGCAGUACAACUAACUGAUGUGUGUAUACUUUAUUUUCACCUGAAAAAGGUACAACAUGAAAACACAGAAACUGGGGAAAGCUGUAAUGUGAAUGAUUGUAAGCUACUGUACGUUACACCGAUGAAACACAGUAAAGAAAGUGGGUCUUUCAAAGAGAGUUGUGUCGACUAUUAUUAACUGCAUGACUGAAAAUGUUGGGUAAUGAUUUUUCAUUACUGUCAUUCUAUUAUUGUACGAUCAUAAACUCAGUCAGGAGUGAUUUCCAGUCAGUGGCAGGGAGUUCUCUGUCUCAGUUCCUUUUUCCGUUAAUAUAUUUG